UCUCGGAAGCCGCGUUCGAGCGGGGCUAGGUUCGAAGAGGAGCGGUACUGCCGUUGUUUCCUGCUCGCCGCUCCGGGCCGUCCCGUCCCGUCCCGUCCCGUCCCCUUCCUUCCGUGCGCGGUGGGAGGGAGGGUGCGGUGUUGUCAGUGCCGCCACCGCCUUGCCAUCUUAAAGCGCUCCUCUCCGCCCGGCAGUGUCCACCUAGCGCUCCAGAGGCUUUGCUGAGAUGAAGUGGCUGCUUCUUGAGUAGUACCUGAUGAUUUUUUGGGAGUAUGACAUCAAAGGCCAUCAAAGAGAUGAAUAUCAGCAAGUGGGGAUUCAAGUCUGGUGAUUCCAAAUCUGAAUCAGAAUUGCAGGUGUAUAAGAAAGAAAAUGCGGCUCUGAAAAAGUCUUUGGAAGAAAUCAUUAAGGGCAAAAGCAAAAUGACACCUGAAGAAAGGAAGAGGCUUCUGGAGAAAAUACUUGCCCUUGAAACGGAAACAGAAGAAUAUAAAAGUAAACUUGGAAAGAAAGAUCAAGAAAUCCAGGUCCUGAAAGAUGAGUUAAGGAGUAGAAGCAAAAAUACAGAUACUGCUUCUCUACGUGGUCAACUAGAAGAGAAAACAAAAGAAGUGGCUAAACGGGAGCAGCUACUGAAUUCCCUCUCAGAAGAGGUAGAAUGGCAGAAAAAUCAUAUAUCUGCAGUUUCUGCAAGAUGUACAGAUCUUGAAAGCAGAGCCGGUAAUGUCCAGAUCUCCCAGGAGAAGACUGCACACUGUCCUGGAACAACAGUCAACACACAUGAAAUUGAAAUUCAGCUGAAAGAUGCUUUAGAGAAAAACCAGCAGUGGCUAAUAUAUGACCAGCAACGGGAGGCUUAUGUUCAGAGUCUCUUAGCAAGGAUUUUUGAACUUGAGCAGCAGCUAGAAACUGUUAAUCAACAGCAAGCAAAAGAAGAUGACAAGCAGAGAUAUUAUGAACAGAUGUUGGCAACAGCUGAAAGAAAUCUGGAAGCAGAAAGGCAAAUUGUGUCCCAGCUGCAUGCUGAUCUUAAUGAAUUGCAAAGGAAAUAUGAUGAAAUUAAGCAAGAGGCAAUAAAUGUGAAUGGUCUACUGAAGCUGCAGAAGCAAGCUGAUAUUAAGACCCUUCAGGAUGAAAACCACAUCAAAGGGCAGAUCCUGCAAAGGCUUACACAUGAAAAUGAAGUGGCCAGAAAAAAACUGGAUGAAGAAAAGAAGCGUACACAAACCCUCUCGUCUCAGGUUGAAGUGCUCCACAGGUCUUUGCUAAAACAGCAAGAAGAACACACAAGAAUAGCAGCUUUGGAACAACAGAUCCAGUCAUGCACAUCAGACUUUGAGAAUGAAAAGCUAGAUCGCCAGAACCUGCAACACCAGUUGAACAAAGUCCUUAAGGAACUGAGGAAGGCAAGAGACCAAAUUACUCGUCUUGAGCCCUCAUUUUUUUUUCAGAAGCUUCCAGAACGUGGUGGAUGUUUAGAAGUCUUAGACAACUUCCAGUCCACUUUUGAAGACAAGUUGAUAAUACAAGACAAACGUUCUUCACCAAAACGUGCAAGUCUUCUGGAUGAAAGUUUCCUGGAAUGCCCCAAAUGUAAAACCCAAUAUCCUACAAGCCAGCAUAGGGAAUUAUUAGCUCAUAUUGAUUUCUGUGCAGUUUAAGUCCUAGAGGAAGCCUGUAGCUACAUCUCAAUACACCCAUGUAAUUUAACUGAAAAUAAUAGCUUUUUAAAAACAACUCAUGAAGAUGCUAAAGGACUACAGUUCAUAUUUCAGCUAAAACAUUUGUGCUGUAAUUCAUUGUUUAUGAAGGACUAGGCAGUAAACAACUUUGAGCACUGUAUCUUGAAUUCUGAACUACUGAUUGUGUUUGCACUCUCGGGCAAGAAAGUUAUUUUACUUUCUGUAGGCUAAUGCAUCAUGCAAAUUUUCAAUUACUGCCACUUUUACUUUACUGGAUUAACAUACGAUUCUUUGCCUUGCCUACAGAAAUGCAUUUUGACAUUUCUGUUUUCCAAGGCCCUCUAACAUUUGCAAAAAGGAAAAUGUUUUUAAUACCCAAUGAGCUGUGAGCAUGUAGUCCACAUGAGGGAAUGCAUGGAGACAGUUGGGUGUAAGAGGAAAAAAAAUAAAGUAGCCCAACUUCUAAUUUCCGCUGAACUUUUCUUUGCAAAAAGAAAGCAAGUCCCAAAUUCAGAACAUCAGGGUGUGUCUUGACCAUUGCCUCCAUUUUGUUUGAGAUAUGCUCUCGUUUGCACUUGUUAUCCCUGAGCUGAAAGCUUAGGGAUAUAACUUAUCAGGGAACCUGUAUAAGGAAAUGCUUUUUAAAAUAAUAAAAUGGAAUUGGCUAUGCCAGCGAUACUCUACAUAUGUCUUUUUUAAAUAUCAGGAAUGGCUGUACCUGCAGUUGUUAGUUACUCCCUCUUGAAUUUAUUGUACCUCCUGUGCUGCUCCUUUGUUUCUAAUCUCUACUGUGCUAUUUCUUCAGUAUGAUAUAGGCUGUAGUCAUUGCUUCUUAAAAUUUGAUUGGAUUGUAUCCCCUUCUUUAGGAGACACUGUGUAUUUAUGGCUUAUAAAGCUAUUACUAAACUAGAUAUGAGCAAUAACCACCACACAGAUAUUUCACAUCAAUCUGAAAAUAAUUACUGUUACCAAAAUCAUUGGCACUCAGAUCAUUAAUUACCAUGCAAAUUGGGUGGAAAGCUUCUUGUAUGCCAAGGAGAUAUGGAUAAAAUGAAAGGGAGAAAGUGGUCUUGGGUCAGUCCUCUCUGUGCUACAGAAUAACCAUGAACAUCAGAGUCAUGAUCACACCAACUAUACUCUGUUCUGUAUUAGUCAUCUGCUAUGCAGAAUAUGUUUUUCUAUGAGUUUCACCAGAUAAUUCUGCUAGUGGAGAGGAGAGAGAUUUCCAGGCCUGGGAAUUGAAAUUCAUGUAUCAUAAAGGUAGACAACGUGUGACCUACAGCAAUAUGUAGCCAUUUGAUUCCAUUUUUCUGAAGUUUUUUCUUUAUCCACAAUUUCUGAAAAUUGAUGUCACUGUUGCAUGG